AUGUACCAAAAAAAAAUAAAGAAAGUACUAAUUAAACUUGAGCAUUUGUUUGACACAUUUGGACCGAUGCUGCCGACCAGCAGCUCUUGUGCCGAGGACAUCAAAGUUGCUUUUCACAGAACAGAUGGCCGGAGAGAGAGCACUGAUAACUAUUCAGUGUUUGCUCGCACUGGUGGGUGUGUUUUACACCAAAAUAUGUUGGCAGGGUUGUUUCACUUGGCACUGUGCAGAUCCUACUGUAACAAAGACAUGGGGAACAGUCCGGUUCAGACUCCAGAGGAAGACCUUUGUGAUCUGGACACCCAUCAUGGUUUAACUGUGGUCGAGCUCUACAUUAUGCCCGCCUCCUUCCUGACUGUGUUUAUCCUCGGGCUUCCCCUCAACCUGCUCUCCCUGUGGGUUUUCACCGUGCGGCUGCAGCGAUGGACCCGCAGCACGGUGUUCCUCUUCAACCUGACCUUAGCUGACACCUCCUGGCUGCUGGCCUUGCCUUUCCUCAUCCAUUACCAUCUGAACCACAUGCACUGGAACCAGGGGCUGCCGCUCUGCAUUGCUGUGAGGAUGUUUUACCACAACUACUUCUACCUCAGCAUCUUCUUCGUCACCUGCAUCAGUGUGGACCGAUACCUGGCCAUCGUACACCCACUGCGCUCUCUGGUGCUGCUCGAUCGGCGGAAGGCCUGUCUGCUGUGCGCGGCCGUGUGGACGGCCACGCUGCUCCUAAGCAUACCUGUUGCCCGGAUGACUCUGAUCCAGACUUGCCCCGGAAGCAACCGCACCGUGUGCACCCUGUACGUACUGCUACGUGAAACAGGGGAGAGCCUCCCUUAUUCCCUCAUAUGCUCCAUUAUCGGCUUCCUCUUCCCGCUGCUCGCCAUCUGCUACUGCGGCCUGCGCAGCAUCAGAGAGCUUCGCCGUCGACCUCUCCACCCCGAUCACCUCAACAAGAAGCUGCGGCUCAGGCGGCUGCUGGGCGCAGUGCUAGUCAUAUUUUCGUCGUUUUACCUGCCCUAUCACCUGAGCCGCAACGCUGCCGUCGUGAUACGGGCGAUUUACCCCGACAGCCCCGCCUCCUGGCGACCCGCAGACACGGCCUUCGUCCUGGAGAUGUGUAUUUGCGGCCUCAUUACCUGCGUUAACCCCUUGUUCAGCUGCCUUACAGGACGCCAGUUUAGGAAUGAGUUUUACGGCACGAUUGCUGCCAUGUUUCCACGUUGUCCACGCAUGCAGGCAACAUCUAAAGGGACCCAGAUGAACCUUAGGAAAAGGCAGGAGGUGUCCAGUGUUGCACCUGUGCGCGCACUGCCUGCACCUAGACCUUAAUGAGGAAUUUGAUUAAAUGUUUUUCUUUUUUUGUGUAAAUGUGUCAGAGAUCACAAACCGCUGUGAGCCCUCCCCUCCCCUCCCUUUCUUAAGUGCCAAUAUCGGAUACAUACACUGCAAAGAACAAUGGUUUCUGGUCUCCUUUAUCUUGUCUGUUAUCUGUGAAGGUUGCUCUGCUUCUUAAACAACACUGCCUCUGCGUGGUUGACUGCGUGCUGUACUUUCUUCUGGUUCUGCGUGCGUGAAUAGCAAAUCUUUUAAAUAAACAAAUGAAUUCAAAUACAAAUAGUGAGCUGAUAUCUUUGUUGGAUUUUAGCAAAAGCAAGGCUUUCAGCAUGUUUUGUUUUGUUUUUCACAAACUAUCUCAGCCUC